AUGGAUCUCAAGAGACGUCUUCUAGGUUUAACACAGAAGUUUCCUAAAGUGAUACAAACUUUCUCUCAUGAGGAUCUCUACAAGAUCACCGAGUACUACAAACCCCAUCUGGCCUAUGUGAUUGAAUACGACAUCACGAGUAUCCUGCAGAACCUGGCCACCAAGAACAUCCUCACUAACGAUGAUGCCAAGAGAUUCAAAGCCAAAGAAAAGUCUGAGGGACGAGGAGGUGUGGAGUCCUUCAUCAGUGACAUAAUGAAGAUGGACAGUGUGGUGCUGGUGAGCCUGUGGGAGGCGCUGGCUGAAGAACUUGCAAAAUUUCCGUCACCAAACCUGACAAGAAUACUGAAGGAGGUGACCGAGGGCGGACCAGACUUCUUGAUGAACAUUCAGGCCAGUCUCCAGCCCACUCCCAUUGAUGCUCGUAUUAAAGGCCUCCAUAACACACACAGAGGUGGUGUGUCUGAAACUACAAGAACUCUGGAGGAUCAGGCAUCUCCUGGAGAUCCAUUCACCAGAACUGUGGGCUUUGAGACUCGAUACACAGAGAUGAUGGUUUUUAAACAGUUCAAAAGAACCUACAGUGAGAGACACCAUGAACUGGAGAAGAUGGGGAAGACUCAUGCAGAGCUAAUAGAGGAGCGGACAAAAGAGAAAUGUGAGCGAAUCUGGACUGAGCAGCUUUUUAGGAGGAGUCGUGGAAGUGAGACAGACCCUCACAUUGUAGUGGUCAGUGGAGUGGCUGGAAUUGGGAAGACCACCAUGGUCCAGAAGAUCAUGUUUGACUGGGCCAGAGGCACUCAGUACCAGAGGUUUGCAUUUGUGUUCCUGUUUAAGUUCAGGGAGCUCAACCUACUAGACACAGAGACAGAGCCACAGAUGCCUCUGACCAGGCUAAUUGUAAGGCACUAUAAAUAUCUCAAUGAUCCGAGACUGAGAGAAAUCUUUCAGAAACCCGAAUCUCUCCUCUUUAUAUUUGAUGGCCUUGAUGAGUACAAACACAAACUGGACUUCACACAGCAGCGGCUUUGCUCAAACCCAGAUGACUAUUUUCCUGUCCACACCCUGGUCACCAGCCUGGUCAGAAGGUCAUUACUGAAGGGCUGCACAGUCCUAAUCACAACCAGACCAACAGGCCUGGAGGCCCUGGACAUGGAGAGAGCUGAUCGAUUUGCAGAGAUCCUGGGGUUCUUCCCUGAACAAAGGCUGAUGUACUUUAAGAAGUUCUUUGGUGAUGCUGAUCAAGGCACUGAGGCUUUUCAGUACAUGGAGGAGAACGCCAUUUUGUACACCAUGUGCUUCAACCCCUCGUACUGCUGGAUUAUCUGCUCUGUGCUGAAGAGCCACUUCAUGACACCAGAAGAAGAGCGAGGAGCUGCCCCGAGAACUGUCACUGAGCUCUUUGUGAUGUUCCUUCACAACAUCCUCACCAAUCACCAGCGAGAAGCCAAGGACCAGCGAGAGAUUCUGAUCAAACUGGGAAAGAUGGCUUAUUAUGGGGUGGCCAACAGGACUCUUGUGUUUUAUGACAAGUUUGAGAUGUCCACCUUUGGUCUCCAGCCAGUCCUGUCCUCUCCAUUCCUCUCAGGGUUCCUCAAAGAAAUCCUUCAGAGAGAAAGCACUCUGGAGCACACAACGUACACAUUCUACCUCCUCACCCUGCAGGAGUUCAUGGCCGCCUGCUCCUUCUACCUCGAUCCAUCAGGGGGCAUCGAGGAGCUGCUUGAGAAGCUGGACUUGUGUAAAGAUGGCCGGUUUGAGAUUCUCACUCGAUUUUUAGCAGGACUGGCCAGGCCUUCUGUAUUUAAAACACUGGGGGGAGUCAUGGGGGAGUUUGAGAGGAAACCGGCAAAGCAGAUACUGGAAUGGGUGAAACAGAAAGCUGAAGAAGCGCUGGAGGGUAAAGAUAAAAGUGAAGCUCUGCGAGUGUGUCAGUGGCUCUAUGAGACUCAGAAUAAGAGAUUAAUCAGAGACGCCAUUGGGAAGGAUUUAAAGAUGAACUUUAGUAAGAUGACUUUAUCUCCUCUGGACUGUGCUGUGCUGGCCUCUGUCAUCAGCUGCUGUGGAGAACUUGAGGAGCUCAUCCUGUCAUACUCACAUCUCACCUUAGAAUGCAUCAGGAGACUGUUGCCGGGGUUCAUCUGCUGCAGACGUGUCAACUUCUGGUAUUGUCGUCUCACCUCCAGAUGUUGCUCAGCUCUCUCCUCAGCUCUUUCUUCUCCACAAUCACGACUGACUGAACUGAACCUGAGCAACAACAACAUGGAGUACUCAGGAGUGAAUCAGCUGUGUGUGGGGCUGAGGAGUGAAAACUGCAAAUUAGAGAAACUGAGCCUCGAGUAUUGUGGUGUCACAUCCAGAUGUUGCUCAGCUCUCUCCUCAGUCCUUUCAUCUCCAAACUCACGGCUGACUGAACUGAAUCUGAGUGACAUGAACACCAGCAUUGCAGGGGGUAACAGUAAUGACAUCGGAGAUUCAGGAGUCGCUCAGCUGUCUGAGGGAAUGAGGAGUGAAAACAGCAAAUUAGAGAAACUGAGGUGAGUGAACAAGUGUGUUUGUGUGUGUGUGUGUGUGUGUGACUGUUUUACCCCCACAGUACAAAUGCUGUGUUUAAUCAGGACAGAUUGCAGUGUCAGAUUUGGACAGAAAGACAGAUGGACAUGAGGUGGACUCAAAUUAAGUAAAUUAAAACAGCAUUGUGACCCUGAGCCCCUUCCCCACAGUGGCCACUGUCACCGUUCUCUCCAUCCAGUCUUUAACUUUCUUUCUUGUCCUUCAAUCCCACACUUAAUCUUGUCCCCCAUCCUCCUUUGUCACUUUCCUACCUCACACUCCUCUGAUGUCCUCACUAAAGUGUGUUAAAGUCACUGAAUCAGAUUAAGAGGGAGCAACACUGUCAGUGGGGGCAGAAGAGCUGACCAGAGUGGCUGUGGACAAACUAGAGCAGGAUUGAGGUGACAGACAGGAACAAUGAGUGCAGGACAUCAGAGAUAAGGAGAGACAAGAGAAGGAGAGAAAGAGAGAGAGGAGAAAAAUUAAAGAAGAGGAUUAGGAGAAGGAGUGAGAGCUGAACAUACAAAGUAACAGGACGAAAGUUACCAGCCAACCACAGCAUGGAGUCUGCUUGCUCUCCCAGUGUUUGUGAGUUUCCUCCAGCUUCUCUGGUCUCCUUCCACAGUCCAAAGAUCUUAAUGUUAGGUGGAUUAGUGAUGAUAAAUUGAUCUCUGUGAGUGUGUGUGUUCACCCUAUGAUGGACCAGUCACCUGUCCAAGGGUCUCAUGUAUAAAUGGUGCAUACGCUCAAAAAUGUUACAUAAGCCCAUUUCCACGCUCACAUAGCGACGUAUAAAAAACAAACUGGACAUAAAGCCACACACAUUCUCACACCAGCACAAUCCAUUCUGUUCACAACUUUUUGGGUCAGUUUUACAAACUGGCAGCACCC